CGAUUUGACGGCCUUGGAACCGGAACGAAAAGAGAAAACUAGAAAACGAGACUGAAUCACCGAAGUAUGGAAGCAAAGCAAGCAACAAAUUCACGUCUUAGUUUCUUCGGAAUGAUUAGAUUCGAUUGAUAUUUUGAAAGUUGCGACCUACUAGACAGGUACAUUGCGAUGGCAAUGGGUCGUCAGCAAAGUAAAAAACCUUUGACUACUCCACCAAAUAUAAAUGAGCGGAAGGGCUCAAACUGUUCCAUUGUGUCUGUUGGUUCAGUUUCCCACAGUAAGAUUCAUUUGCUGGCAAACAAUAGAUCACUGGCACGGCAGCUGAACAAGAAGAGACUGGAAACUCGCACCUUGAGAGACACAAACAGAAAGCUGGUAGUGGCAUGCAAUCAAGCAAAACAUGCUUAUAAACGACUGGUGGAAAAAUACAACACCACCAUCACUGUUCUGAAAAACAUGCAGCAAGUGGUUCCUGGCAUUUACAAGGACAUAUCCAAAGCUUUUGGCAGAUUUGAGAACCUAAACUCAUCUAUUGCAAACUUUGAUGUUGAAAAUUUAGAAAAUCUGGGGAUCCUCAACAACAUCACUUUGCCAGACGAUAAUCCACCCAAGCAAAAUAAGGUGCCUCGGAAGCGGGCUAGAGUUAACAGAGUGAGGCCCAUGAAAUACGGUCUUGUGCUGGGGAACCCUGUGGUUUCUCUCCAUCGGCUACAGCCUCCACAAUCGGCCCUUGCCGGACUUGAUGAAGUAGAUGAUACCACUACUGAUUCGGAUACUGAUACCAACGACAUGUCUCAUUCUGGCCAUUCUGAUGACACUACCCAGACUGAUAAUUCCCACACAAGUGAAAAUUCUAGACCUGCUAAUCAAACUUUUACCAAGUCACCAAAUAUGCCUAGUCAGAGAGUUGCUGAACUGACGCUUUCUGUUCCUGUGUUACAGCAUUCAAUCAAAACCACUGCUUCACCUGCGAAGAGAAUGAGACUCUCACCUCUAGCAACCACGUCUAAGGCUGUAAAUGGCAGGAGUCUAAAUCAACAGCAACUCCAAUUGUCCUCCCCCUGUCAAGUGAUCAUCGAGAAUCUCUGUUCCGACAAAUCCUGUGGUCCUUUAUCCAGAUUAUCUGUUGCUACACCUACAAGAAAGGCCUCAAGCAGCAUGUCCAUAACUCCAAUUCCAAGCCCAUCAGCAAGAUACCAGAAGAAAGACCAAAAUGGUGAACAGGAAAACAAUAAAAGUUCUUCUUCGCCUACUAUCAAAAAGAAGUUGACUGACCAGGAGUUGAUAAAGGUCCUCACUCCUAUGCAGGUGCAAAUAAAAUUGAAGCCACUGAAGCUGGACUCGAACACUGAAAGUGAAAAUUCGCCAUCACCAAAGCCUGUGAAGCAAAAAAAUAAAAACACUGGCUCCAUAAAUUCUUUGAGUGGUGACGAGGAAAAUCAAUUGGAUGAUGACGAUAUUGACAACAUCUUCAAAGACAUCAAGAAAACCCCCAAAGUAAAACCAACUCCUAAGAAGCUUAAUGCACAGAAGAAACCCUCAAACCAAUUGAAAGUGAAAAUGUUUGGCAAUAAGAGUCCUCCUGGUAAGAUUCUCAACAAGACGUAUGUGAAAAGCAAAGGUUCUCCAAAACCUGAAAAAGUUACUUACAGACGCAAAAAAUUAAUGCCCAAAAAAGAUGAACCAAAUGGUGGCCCUUCUGUGGAUACUACAAAUGAGAAAAUGGAAGACGUGAUGCAUGCUAAACUCCCAAAACCAAAUUUGCAAAUGAAUGGAAAAUUUCCUUUAUCAACCAAGCCGAUUGGUGUUAAUUGUUUGGCCAACACUGACAAGGAAGAAGAACCUGUAUCUCAAAAUGUCUUGCCACUCGCAAUCAAUGGAAAUGAGAUGUCUGACAAUAAAGUGAUUGAAAAUGAUGAGAGCCAAAAGGCUGAGAGGCAGGUCCCUCAAAAAAAGCAGAAAUACAAGCCAGGUCCUAAAUGCAGGAAACUGGCUGUGAAGACUGAUGCUGAAGAAGAAAAACCAAAGUCACCCGAGGAAGAAGCUCGAAAGCCGCCAGAGAAAGAAGAACCAAAGCCUCCAGAGAAAGAAGAACCAAAGCAGCCAGAGAAAGAAGAAUCAGAGCCCAAAAUAUUUAAAAACCAAGCUGGCAAGGUUGAAAAACAGAAAUGCUAUAAUUCAGCUGUACCUGUGCCUAAGAAAGUGAGACCAAUGCCUAUGUCCAAGAAGAGGGAGCUAGGGAUAGUCAUUGAUGAGGACAUACAGAUUAUCUCAGAGAUGACAGUGUCAAAUAUGUUGAAUUUGGAGCAAAUCAAAGCUGAAAAAAUGAGCCUUGAAGCGUCAUCAGAUGGACCAACAGAGACUAAUGACGACAUGAAGAGCUUCCUCCAUAGACUGUCACUAGAGGAUCCCUUGGAAGGCACCAGCCGUCAGCACAUCUACAAGAAGCCUGUUACUCGCCCCGAGCCUUGCAAGGAGAAGAAAAUGAGUCUUCGCCAUCAGCAAAACAAAAGCUACGAAGAAUCUCCUUUGUCGGAAGGGCCCAUUGAUGACGAUAUAACUUGGAGACCUGGCAUGAAUAUGGGAAUGCAAUCUGGAAUGCUGCAGCGUGGCCAAAUUGGCAAGAAGAAGUGAUGCAGCUGUAAGUGCAACCUGUUCUGUUCCUAAAGAGAGAGUGACCAAUUUAUAUCCUUAAUUCUUAAAAUGUGUGGUAAAUGAAUUCCAGAAUUUAGUUUGCCAUUAGCUCAGAAAUAUACUUAAAGAAUAGCCAUCACACAAUGUAUGAAAAGUUGCACAAUUAUAAACAAAAAUUAAAUGAAAUAUUAGCGUCCAGUUCGGACCGUGCAAUUUUAUUAUAACGAUACAAACAAUAUAUUAUUAUUAUCUGGAAUUAUGCAAGAAUUGCUAAAAUCUUAUAAUAUUUACAAGAAAAUGGAAUUCAAUAAAGUUUCCUA